UAUUUAAAAUAUCAAUAUAGGUACAAUAAAGCAUAGGCCAUUCAACAGCCUAUGAUUUCAUUCUCAAGUCUUAUGUAUGUGGAAAGAAUCCUUACCUAUAUCCUACCGUGGGUGGGGCACUCAGCUGAUGGAUUUUCCCCUUUGAGUCACAUCUCCUUUGGUCUACCAUGGCAUGACCAUUCUUGUUUCUUGGCUCUUAUUACUAACUGUAAGUAGUUCUUAGUCUCCUUUAGUGUUACUCCAGAAAUGGCUUUUUUAGGGCUGAGUUCUGCCUUUCCAUCCUGUGUGUGGAUAGUCUGCAUGCCUUGUGUGGGGAUUAGAAUUCUCUGACUCUGGCAGCUGUGUUCUUUCUGUGCUGUAUGGCUGGAAAACAUCUUAAAGCCACUUGUGGGAAGAACAGCUUUUGAAAAAUAUGGGUUUUAAAGUCAGACAGAUUUCUAAGUCUAAAUUUCCUGCAAAAGAGGAUAAUAAACAAUAUAACAUCUCCCUCAGUUUUAAGGUUACUUCCUUGUACCACCUUACCCACUAACCACACUAAGUCAGCUUACUUUGUUUUAAAGUGUCUUGGAAUUUUGUUCCUUCUCUUUUGAAUACUUAUCUGGAUACUUAUACAGAAUACCACAGAAUAGUAGGUAUUAGAGUUUAGGAAUGAUUAGUUUAUCAGUAUAUUUCUUCCCUACCACAAUGUAAGUUCCACUAGAGCAGAGGCUAUACCUGACGUAGUUCACGGUUAUAUUUCCAGCUUCCAGCACUGGCCCAGCUCCUCAAAUAUUUGUUGAAUGGGUGGAUAUCUUAUAAGGUUGGUGGAGAAGGAAAGGAGGCAAAGUGUAUAAAACAGUGUAUAAAUACUUACAGAUAUGUGUGUGUGUGUGUGUUUAUCAGUACAUAGAGUGUUAUGGUUAGCACAUGGUAAGUAUUUGGUAAAUGUUAACGUUUAUUUUUUUACUCUUGCUUGAAAUCUGAACUGAAAAUGGCCCUCUUUCUUGUAUAGCAACACGGACACUUCUUGUAUUAUGUCAUUGACCCUCCCCAACUAAAAGUACCUGGAUUGAGCUGAAUGUUUAUUUUCAUCUUUUCUACUCAAGCACCUGGCUAGACCCACAGAGCAGGGAGCAUUACCUCACAGUGCUUUCAAUCUCCCAAUACUCAGUUCACUCAUUACACAUUUGGUGAUUUAACUCACAGAAUUGACAAGAUCACAUUUCCAAGCUGGUCUUCUAAAACUGCCCAUCUCUCCACAGACUAACCAGAAUGGCCUCAGGGAAGAGAACAGACUAGUAGAAGGCUACACAUGUUAGCAAAAAUAACUGCAUAGUGCACACUACAAGUUUCAACGGUGUUAAAUUUCCAUUUGACUAAUGUUUUGCUUAGAAACUUAACAGGAACUUUAGCAGCAGGACAGAAUAUAACAUUGUAAAUCGACUAUACUUCAAUAAAAUAAGUAGAUAAAUAAAAAUAAGUAAAUGGCUAAAUGAAACUUAGAUUUAUACCUAGGCAAUUGGGAGAAUCUGACAUUUUAUGUGCCAGCAUAUAGUAGGUGCUCAAUAAAUAACUACUGAAUGAAUUUGGGGAGGGGAGAAAGCAUGUCUCAGUGGCUCUUGGCAUUAAUUGCCUCCCCCUACAGAUACUAUAAAUCCCAUUCCUGUCUUUGAGCAGGGAUUUAAAAACAGGACUCUAGUAAAAGCAGGCAUAUCUUCAUAAUCAGGACAAGCUUUUGCUUUACUACACAUAGUUAUAAAAAAACGCGGGGGGGACAAAGUUUCCCGAAUUUCUAGAUGGGAAAUGGUGGUUUCUGUACUGCAGGAGUGCAGACCGGCCUCGUGGUUCCUGAGGGGGAGAUGUGUAACUCCUCUUCCUCCCCAUGUUCUUGGCUGAGACACGCUAAGGGUCAGUUUGUGGAAAUGUAAGGAGAAGGCGAUUUCAGUAUCUUCGGGUAGAGAGACGCUAAUGAGGAAGUCAGGCUGUAAAGGCCAGCAAUAGGGAAAGGGAAUUCAACUUAACUUGUAGUCGGGACUGUUAAAAAAAAAAGGAGGCGGGAAUAAAAGAAGUAGGAAAAAUUGGGGGGAGGAGAGAGACUAGAAAAGGAAAACCAGAAGAGGAAGGAAGGAGUGUUAUCUACGCAAUUUGUUGUUUCUCCUGCUCUUCCUCUCUCACUCCCUCCAGAAGCUAGAAAAAGUUUGCAUGCACAGCAUUCGGAAUGGGAGAGCGGUCUCUUGAUUUGCAGACCCGUGAGGAGAAGCGCCCACUUCACCCUUCCCCGUUCCCGCCGCCGUUUUCCCCCUCUCCGGAGGAUGGAGGGCAGUCCUCGAGACCCAGGGAAGCGGUAGCCCAGGCGGAUCCCCCUGGAUCCAGCAGGGCUCAAGCAGCGGGCAGCUCUCUCUCCGGCAAAACCUCCCCUCCCUCCUCCCUCCUCCUCCCGAAAAGGAAAAAGAUCAAACCUCUAAACCGGCUUUACCCCUCCCCCUCUUCCUGGGGGAGCUAAAGCAGAGAGUACAGUUCUGUGAUUCACUGGAGAGAAAAGAGGGUGGAGGCAGCAGAGAACUCCGAGUGCCAAAACUAAGUAAGUUCUCUGACAAAACGCACGCAGCUUGCGGCGCCUCCGCCGGGCCACCAACCCCGCGGAGACCAAGUGGGCUUGGCGUGGAGCGUGCACGGGGUCAGGGACCCACUUCGGUCCCCGUGCGCUCCAGCAGCGGAGAGAAGGAACCGCUGCUCGAAGUUCCUGCGGAGAAGAGGUGGUCAGCGGUGGAGGGAGAUCAGUAAAGCGGGCUGUUUUUGUCAUUUCGCCGCCUGGUGACCGGACUGCCGGACCUACGGUCGACCCCGCAACCAACGGUGCGCGCGCCCCCGGGAGAACCUCACUCCUCCACCUCGAGGGCGAAAAGUUAUGGCUACGAAAAGUUCCUGCCCAAGGUGAUUAUCAAUUCCUUACUUGAUUUUUUUUUUUUUCUCUUGAGAACUUUUGGGUGGAGGCAUUAACUUUUUGUGUAGAAGCUACUUUGGGGAGCGAGGAGGAGGAGGAAAAAGUGCGAUCUGAUGGAGAAAAGCGACUCCUUGGUCUCUGACACGUCCCAUCCCCUAAGCCACCACGUGUAGAAGAUUAAAGUUGUUGGACGUGUUGACAGCUGAGAGGAGCACGGACUUCUUUCCAGGCGGAGACCCCUCCACCUCCACCGCCUGUUGGUUCUACCCCUCCUGCGUGCAUGUGUGCGCCAGCGGCGGCGCGCGGUGCGUUGUUCUGCCUUGGAGUUUCAGCCGGGACCAGAGUGAAUGGCCCCCAGGGGCUGCGCGGGACCUCCGCCGCCGCCACUUCCUCCGCAGGCCUGGGUCUGGCCCGGAAAGAUGCUAGCCAUGGGGGUGCUGGCAGGCUUCUGGGUCCUCAGCCUCCUCACCUACGGUUACCUGUCCUGGGGCCAGGGCUUGGAGGAGGAAGAGGAAGGGGCUAUGCGACCUCAAACUGGAGAGAGACCAGAGCCCAGCAUAACUACCAUCUCCCAGCCCCAUCUCAUUUUCAUCCUAGCGGAUGAUCAGGGAUUUAGAGAUGUGGGUUACCACGGAUCGGAGAUAAAGACUCCCACUCUUGACAAGCUUGCUGCCGAAGGAGUUAAACUGGAGAACUACUAUGUCCAGCCUAUUUGCACACCGUCCAGGAGUCAGUUUAUUACUGGAAAGUAUCAGAUACAUACCGGACUUCAACAUUCUAUCAUAAGACCUACACAGCCCAACUGCUUACCUCUGGACAAUGCAACCCUACCUCAGAAGCUGAAAGAGGUUGGAUAUUCAACACAUAUGGUUGGAAAAUGGCAUUUGGGUUUUUAUAGAAAAGAAUGUAUGCCCACCAAGAGAGGAUUUGAUACCUUUUUUGGUUCCCUCUUGGGAAGUGGCGAUUACUAUACACACUACAAAUGUGACAGUCCCGGGAUGUGUGGCUAUGACUUGUACGAAAAUGACAAUGCUGCCUGGGACUACGACAAUGGCAUAUACUCCACACAGAUGUACACUCAGAGAGUGCAGCAAAUCUUAGCUUCUCGUGACCCCAGAAAGCCUCUAUUUUUAUAUAUUGCCUACCAAGCUGUGCACUCUCCACUGCAAGCCCCUGGCAGGUAUUUUGAACACUACAGGUCCAUUAUCAACAUAAAUAGGCGCAGGUAUGCUGCCAUGCUUUCCUGCUUAGACGAAGCAAUCAACAAUGUGACCCUGGCUCUAAAGACAUAUGGUUUCUAUAACAACAGCAUUAUCAUAUACUCUUCAGAUAACGGCGGCCAGCCCACAGCAGGAGGAAGUAACUGGCCCCUCAGAGGUAGCAAAGGAACCUACUGGGAAGGGGGGAUCCGGGCUGUUGGCUUCGUGCACAGUCCACUUCUGAAAAACAAGGGAACGGUGUGUAAGGAGCUUGUGCACAUCACUGACUGGUACCCCACUCUGAUUUCACUGGCUGAAGGACAAAUUGAUGAGGACAUUCAACUGGAUGGCUAUGACAUCUGGGAGACCAUAAGUGAAGGCCUUCGUUCUCCCCGAAUAGAUAUUUUGCACAACAUCGACCCCAUUUAUACCAAGGCAAAAAAUGGCUCCUGGGCGGCAGGCUAUGGGAUCUGGAACACUGCCAUCCAGUCGGCCAUCAGAGUGCAGCACUGGAAACUGCUCACAGGGAACCCCGGGUACAGUGACUGGGUGCCACCUCAGUCGUUCAGCAACCUAGGGCCGAACCGGUGGCACAACGAACGGAUUACGUUGUCAACUGGCAAAAGUGUAUGGCUGUUCAACAUCACAGCCGACCCCUACGAGAGAGUGGACCUUUCUAACAGGUAUCCCGGAGUUGUGAAGCAGCUCCUCCGGAGGCUCUCACAGUUCAACAAGACCGCGGUGCCUGUCAGAUACCCCCCCAAAGACCCCAGAAGUAACCCUCGGCUCAAUGGAGGAGUCUGGGGACCAUGGUAUAAAGAGGAAAACAAGAAGCAGAAGUUACGCAAAAAUAAGACUGAGAAGAAGCAGAAGAAAAGUAAGACAAAGAAGAAACAGCAGAAAGUGGGUUCGUUUACAAAUUGCCGAUUGGGUGUUCCUCGUGGAUAGGUACAAAUUUUUUCCUGUCUGGUUAAACUUAAAUCAGUACUUAGUCUUUCACCAGUUUUCUAGGUGAACCAGCAUGUUUUUGGCUCAGUAGGAUUCCUGCCAUCAGCCUCGCUGUUUUCGUGUUGUGCUACUCCAGAGACUUCUGCCACCUGGAAAGCUUGUGCUCAGUGCCAAAGGUGCUACUCUUGGAAGCCAUGCUUAGAGCAGAAAGGAGAUGUUUGUUUCUCUUGCUCGUUUAUAAAAGGUGGUCAGUGACGAGUCCAGCUGUUGUGCUUCAGUCAAUUGACCAAACACUAUGCUUUAAAUUAUAACAUUGGACUGUAACCUGCAAUUGAUGGACAUGCUACUUUGAUGGAAGUUACAGAGCAGCAUGAUUAAAAACCACCUUUGAUGAAGUGUAGUCAAAGGUUGCAUCACCUCAAAGGCCUUGAAGAACAUUUUUUUCUUAGAGAAUUUUUGUAUGUCUAUCAUAGGACACUUGGGUUUUUUUAAUUAAUUCUAUUUCAUAUAUCAUUUCCUUUCCUGUGAAAAUAAGCUGUUUUUCUCACAUGUGAACAGCUUGCACCUCACUUUAUCAUGCAUAAGGGAAUGGCAAAUAAGAAAGUUUGAGCACACUGCCAAAACGUGAAUGUAACUAUUUUCUAAACACUUUAAUAGAAUGAUGUUUCAGAAUAAAGUACAUAAUUUAUUUUUACAGAAAAAAUAUUAAUUAUUUUGUUUUCAUAAAUAGUUAUACAAAUAACUUUUAAUUAUUUUAUUUUCUACAUACCAUUAGAAGAAUUUUAUUUCAUAUUAUCAAGAUUAUCAAGCACUGUAAUACUAUAAAUUAUUAGUGUGUGAAUUUAUAGAAUAUAAAAAGAAAAAAAUGAUAAUCAUCAUUGUUCAACCAUUAUUUUGAAUGUAAUAAGAUGAAUAUAUUCCUCACCAAUUACUUGGAAAUUCAGCGUUUGUACAGAAUUGAGAGACAACUUUAUUGUUUCUGUCAUAAACACUUUAUUUAUGUAUCUUAAUUAUUAAAAUGACAUAUUUUA